UCCCCAUUGGUUCCCCGGCGGCCAAUCAGUGAGGGCGGAAAGAAAACCAACAUGGCGGCCUUGGCUGGCGGCAGAUCGCUCGUUCUGAUACAACAAGCGUCCGUCGUGUACCGGCGUGGGAUUGGCGCGCUUCUGGGCCCGUCAUGGGAGAUUGGGAGCGCCCUUGAGACCCCAUGGAGCUGCCAGCAAAUCCGCACCAAGGCCCGGGGCAACGAAUACCAGCCUUCCAACAUCAAGCGCAAACACAAGCACGGCUGGAUCAAGCGGAUCCGCACUGCCAGCGGGAUCGAGGUGAUUCUCCGGCGGAUGCUGAAAGGACGGAAGUCCCUCACCCACUGAAUGCCAGAAACUGGACAAAAUUGAUGCCAUUUGGCUGAAGGUUCCCAUUGGUCAGCUGACCGCCAAUCAUUUCCGACAAGGCCCGCCUCUUUCGUACAGGUCAAAAUGACAAUUCAAUUGUUGUGUACUAGGGAGGGGGGGGGGAAUAUUGCUUAUUAAAAAAAAUAUUAUCCCAAAAAAAUUCGGGUCGUAUUCUUCAGGCGACAUUUAUUUCCCACAGUAUCCACACUUUAACCCUGUUUUGAUUGAUGGAUAUGUAAAAAAGUAUUACCAUAUAUACUUGAGUAUAAGCCGAUCCGAAUAUAAGCCGAGGCACCUAAUCUAACCUAAUUUUUGUUUAUUAUUUUUUAUUUUUUAAAGAAACAUAAUACAUUGAAAGUGGUGGAACAAUAUAUUGAUAGGAAAGUGAGGGAGGUGAAAGGGUUCUGAAAAUAGGUGAAAAGAGAAAACGGGGGGGGGGGGGGGGGAAGAAAGAAAGAAAAGAAAAAGAAAAAAAAAUGAUUGACUUCCCAUCUUGACCUCGGAGUUUUCUUUUUUGUUGAUUACGUAUUGGUAUUUUCCCGUUGUCUCUUUUCGCUUAAACCGUUUUAUAUUGUAGAUAAGUCUAUCGUGAAGUCCAUUCUUCUUUUUACCACAAAAAAACUGGGAAAACAUUGACUCCAGUAUAAGCCAAGAUACCAAUAAAAUUACAUUAAUUGAGGCA